CUUGCCCCGCCUCCACCAGCCCGCCUCUUCCGCCCCUUCCCGGAAGAGGGUCCCUCAGAAAGAGGCGCGAGGGCGGAGGGCGAAGGGCGGGAUGUACACCAAUGAAAAACAGGCAGUGGGUUUCCCCCGCCCUUCUGUAUGCGCGCUCCCAUGAGGACCUGGUUCCUGGAGAGCGAGGCGGACGGUUCGUAACUGGCGGCGAGAUUCAUGCCGCCGCGCCUUUCGAACUCUUUUCUACACCUGUUCGACUCCUCAAGAUGUCAACCUCAGUCCCUCAAGGUCACACCUGGACCCGACAGGUGAAGAAAGAGGAUGAGGAAGAAGACCCAUUGGACCAGCUGAUCACCCGCUCUGGCUGUGCUGCCUCCCACUUUGCAGUGCAGGAGUGCAUGGCCCAGCACCAGGACUGGCGGCAGUGCCAACCACAAGUGCAGGCUUUCAGGGAUUGCAUGAGUGAACAGCAGGCAAAGCGGCGGGAAGAGCUGCAGAGGAGGAAAGAGCAAGCCAGUGCCCAGCGCUGAGACCCUCACCACCUGUUCCAAGGAUGGCUCUACAAAAACCAGCACCCACAGAGACUCUGAGAGGAAGAAAUCCUAAGUGGUAGAAGUGAGGGCCAGGAAGUGUAAAACUUGGAAAUAGUCUCUGGGACUAAGGAUGAGAACCAGACACUGUGAGUUUGGACGUGAUUACCACACAGAGCUAUCAUACUUUAAUGGCAUAUUUCACACAUUCUCACUUGUCUUGUUCCACCAGUACUUGUAUGUAAAACAAAGAAUGGGGUAAGGGAACUCCCCUAUCACACCUCUUGGUUCAGUGUCCCAGGUACUGAGAGGAUUGCGGGGACAUUAUAAUUUCAGGAAUAAGUUAAAGAUUAAAGGUAAAUUGAUUACCUAUCCAGGUCUUCAUUUUUUUUCAGUCACAAAUUCAACAGAAAAUGUUUCUGAGGCAUUGUAUGUUGGAAACUGAUAUAACGAGUAAUGCAACCUCUGCCUUCAUGUUGUGUAGAGUCUAGUUUCAGAAAUGGAGAUAAAACACCACUGGAGCUGUUAACUUAAUUUCCAACCAUGAGUGCCUUUAUCUUUCAAAAAGGGUAUUUUAGUAUAUGGAAGGAAGAAAGGAAACAGACAACUAUUUCAAUAAAUAAUGAGUACCUGUUAUAUGCCAGACUCUGCCAAUUAACAGAUACAGAGUCUGCUCCUUCCCCAGCCAACACACAGAGUUGGCCUGACAUUUCAAAAGUAUGUUUAACACUACAGAUUUUCAGCUUUUAGAAACUGGGAGCUUAUAGUCCUGCUUCUCAACGUCUUGCCAAGCUGAAUGGUAUAAUGCUUCCUUUUAGAAAUUUGUGUUAUCCCAUUCAUAAAAGUUGCCAUUACUUAUAAUCUUGCACAUUCCUGGAGUGGGAAGAGGCUUGGGAAAUGACCCCUGCCACAGAAGCAGGAAUGCUCUUGCCAUUGUAACAGACAUUUCUUGAGUACCUGUAUAUUAGACCCAAAUCUGAAGUACAGUAGAACCUAAAAUCUACUGGUAUUUUAGAGAAAAGGGAAUGAAAAUGAAGAAGGUAUGAGGAGUUUAAGGAACAAUAAAAUAUUAUUUCAGCCAAGUGCUGGUGUCUCACAUCUGUAAUCCUAAUUAUUCAGGAGGCA